AACAAUCUGAACUGAGUUUUAACAUAAGCAAACGUUGGAAAACCAUAAUCAAAGCCAUGCCACCAGAAGAACACCAGCAUACCACGCCUUCCAAGAGGGCCAUCAAAAAAAUCCGAAUGACUAGCUUGGUUAUCAGCUUGGCAAAAGGUUGGCAGCAGUGGGCAAGUGAACACAACACCAAGCAAGCCCAGGAACCUAGUGGAUGGGUACCUAAUGAAGAGAAAUUACCAAAUGAUCCAAGAGAGUGGACACCUCCGAAACAUUUGCCAACUUUCAAGAAAGAUGAGUCAAAAACUGAGAUACAAUUUCCCUCAGAACAACAAGCGUCAAAUGAAGAUGGAAAACAAAGUCCAAAUGAGUCAACAGAAGCUCUUGAGAAAUUUAAUAUUAGAAGUAAAGAAGUUACCAAAAGCGUAGUACGGUCACUCUCUGAAAGAAGUAGUGGCAUUGGUCUUCUCAGCAACAAAUAUGAACAAGAUGAAUUUGCUGAGACAGGAAAGAUCAUCAAUGACCCUAAAAAUAUUGAUCAAAUCCUUAGUAAUAAAAUGUCUCCUACAAGAAGGAGAAAGUGCUCUAAUUUGGUAUCAGAGAUGACAAAGGGAUGGAAACAUUUGGAACAAGAAGAACUACAGGACUAUCGGAGCAACAGUUUAGAUACAGAAGACAGCGGCUAUGGUGAAGACACAGAGGAUGGACUAGACACAGAUAAUAAUAUCCAAGAAAUACGGAGUGUUGUGAGGAUAAAACAUCCCCUGGCCUCACUGUAA